CAGCCACCAAACAUAACAACGCUCACUGAGCCAUACAGUAGGUCUGUGCUGGGUUCUCUUAUCCGGUUUAUAAGCCUAACUACUCAUUGCUUGGGAUUUAUAUGUGCUCCUCCGCACUUCCCGGUAGACCUGUAGCUUUCUAAGUGUUUGGGAAUCCAAAGCUAUUACAGAUAAAGAAGGAAUGUACUGUCACUGAAUAUCAGUCAACAUUGCUGGUUAGACAUUUAUAUGACGUAAGCAAAGUAUACGGAUUUUAAAACAACCAAAUUAGCCAAACUGCAUUUUGCAUUGCUCGGACAUCCAGUGCCAAUAGAUGUUGAAAUAUUAUUGAUCCCUGAGCAAAUUAUCGCUUUAAUUCGUACUAUAUAGCCGGAGACCUGUUGUACUAGAAUCGGAAGAGCUCCGUCACCCUGCGCCUUCUCUGAACCACAUGCAGAGGACACUGCAGGACAGAUAGUAGAUCCCAUCUCCUCCUCCUUUACAUAACUGAUCAUGGGCAGCGCGUGUUGUGUGGACCCUCUCUCGUGGAUCUGUCGCUAAUACCUAUCUGAUCUCUAAGAAUUUAAUUAUUUGUAACCAGUCUUUUAUUAUUGGGCUCAUCGUUAAUUUAGAGGCAUUCUGUAUUUGGAUUUUUUUCUCUCGCCUGACGGAAAUGAUGUGCGAGUAAAGAGUUAUUUAUUUUCUUGGGGGCUGGUUUCCUUCCUUGAAGACCUAUGCAAAGUUAUGGCUUGAGACAUCAUGGAGGAUCGAAUCAGAAGCGUAUCCUGCAGGUGCUCAAAUGGGAUAAAAUGUGUGCAUGCAGGAAAGCCAUGCAUGUUUCAACAUGUUAGCCAUGGAGGGAGAUAAGAAGCAUACCACAACUGCUUCAGUCACUGCAAUGAAUGGGGACACUAUUCAACCUGACAGUUCCUCCGUCCCACAGGGCUGGAAUGAGUUCUGUGAACUGCAUGCCAUUUCCACAGCAAGAGAGUUGGCAAAGCAGUACUGGUUGUUUGCUAAGCAGAACCCACACCAUGACAUCUUGGCAGCUGAGAACUUCUCCUUGCAGUUCACAGAUCUUUUCCAGCAAUAUUUCAGAAAUGAGGUAAGGGAAAGCUGUGCGUUGGACCAGUUUAGAACAUUUUCCUUCUGUAGAGUCAAGGAUUAUAGAGAGACAGGCAGGAGGCCAUCAGAUGAGCCUCCAAGUACGGUUGCAGCAAAGGUGGAGGUGGAUCUGAUGGCUCGUCAUGAACACACAGAACAAACUACUUGUGACACUACUGUUCAACAGGUGCCCAAGACGUGGAGCUCAGAGGAGCUGAGAACAAGCAUUAGUACACCUCCUGCAAGGCCUUUCAUUAGAUUUUCCUUCAACAACCUUAGAAGAAGCCUUCGUAAUAUAUUUCGUAGAAAAUCGUCAGAUUCUAUUCCUCCUGAGACCAGGGAGGGAGAGACAGAUGUAGCAGAUUCACCUACAUGGCAUGGUAUACAAAAAAGGAUUAUGCCAUGGACUGUUACAAGGGAACAGGUUGUUGAAAUUCGCAAAGAAGGGCAAUUAAAUUACAGCAUGGUGGAUGAGGCCUGCAUGGACAGUGGAACUUUGUGGCAUAGAUGCAGAUUGGUUUUACGGAGAGCUGGCACUUUGGAUAGUGAAGAAUACCUGUUGGACCUCUUUGAUCCUCCAAAAUGCUCCAAACCAAAGCUUCACGUUCCGUGCUGUGCUGUGCAAGAGGUCCGAAAAUGCACCCGCCUAGAGAUGCCAGACAAUAAUAAUACCUUUGUGCUCAAGGUUAACACAACUGAAGUUAUUUUUGAAGUGGGGGAUGACCAGCAGCUGAAUUCGUGGACAUCGGAAAUCAAAGCAUGCAUUAACCGCGGGAUGGAAGAGAACGAUGGAGACCUGGCAUCUCCCUGUGACACGACCUCUCAGAGUCCCAAUAUCAGCAGCAGAGACUCUCUCAUGCAAGGUGCUGCCACUUUCCUGCCUCCAGAACAGUGUUGCCACAAAACGGACCAUUUCCUGGCUCCCCAUCCAUGGUUUCAUGGGCCUAUUUCAAGGAUCAAAGCAGCUCAACUGGUCCAGUCACAGGGAGUUGAGGGUCAUGGUGUCUUUCUCGUGCGACAAAGUGAGACACGUAGAGGGGAAUACGUCCUUACAUUUAAUUUCCAGGGCAGAGCAAAGCACUUACGUCUCACACUGACAGAGAGAGGUCAAUGCCGUGUCCAGCACCUGCGUUUCCUGUCCGUGAUUGACAUGCUUCACUACUUCCGAAUACACCCAAUACCACUGGAAUGUGGUGCAGCGUGCGAUGUCAAAUUGUCCAGCUAUGUUGUGUCUGCAGUGUAUCCGCAAGAACAGAGCACAUCCAUCAACACAUUACUUGUACCAAUGCCGAUAGAGCGCUGGAGCUCAGAGCGCAGCGUUUCUCAUUUUCCAUCUCCUGGUCCACUGCGACCCCAGUAUUCAGAGGAUAUUCACCACAGUUCCUACUCUGAGCAAAUUUUCCACUUUGUGCCAUCGCCUGAGGAACUGAGCAGAAGUUUUAUGAGGGAACCUAGCGAUGCCCCUUCAAGUAGCCACAGGGAAUCGGACUAUGAAAUGGACUCCCCAUCCAGGAAUCAUAUGAGAGCUAUAGACAACCCCUACACUCCCCUAUGACAAUGUGGCAGUGUUUUGUAAAUAUUGAACUGAUAUUUUUUUUCUUUUCUACAUGACAAGCACCAGCCGAUCAAACCAAGAAUGUAUUAUUGUUAUUAUUAAUAUUAUUUUUAGUCUUCUUCUGUAUGUAGUAAGUAUGGGUUAGAAUAACACCCAAUGGGGGGUGUAAAACAUAUUUGGCCUGUUAAAAGGCCUUGCUUUAUGCUGGCUUGCAGGCCCGUUCAGGCCUCUGAAGCAGUAAAAGGGUUAAGUUAUCUUCUGUUGUGAAUGUUUACAAAAUGUAAACCAUAUAUGAACUAACCCCUCCACUCCCAGAAGGUAGACGAACCAUCUGGCAUGUGCAGUGGGUGCAACUUUCAUUGUUUGGCAGACAUACUUGGAAUCCAUGCUGAAGGAGUAUGUCCAACCAUGAAAUAGAAUAGUAAAUACAGUGCACAAGGCUGUGCUUGAAAACAUAUGCAUUAAAUGAAUACAGAGUAUUAUAUAGAAUGUCCAGAUCCUGGUCAGCUUAUAUUGCUGUACUUAGAUACAUAAAAACAAGGCCACAUACAAGCUAUUCAACUUAAAAUUUAGUCUAAAAGCCCUUAUUUUAAAGUGAGAAUGCAAAAAACACAUUUGCUUCUAUGUCCAUGAAAUGUAGUUUUGUAAAAUGAAAAUGAUUGUCUGACAAACUGCUGCACUGUGUUUACCUGUGGAAUUUCAGCGCUGUACGUGGGUGAAACAGCUGGCUUUACUUAGAAAUGCUUAAACACUGGCUAGAUAACUGCAGGGCUCUGCCCACUGAUUAAGUGCACUAAUCUCAUAGGAAUUGAAUGUCUAAGGCAAUUAUGUUCAUUUAUAAAGAGCAAAAAGUAUACUUUAUAAGUUAUGCUUAAUUUGACAUGGUUUUAACGUCAUGUUUAACGGGACACUAAUGUCUAUGUUUUUCUGUCACAUGUUUAAAAGAUCAUGUGAAACAUACAUGUAUGUAAAAGCAUUUUAUCUGCAUGUAAAACAUGUGGGUGGAGCCUACAGUGCCAUGUUAUACGAAGGGAAAAAAGUGUGUGUGCCAUUUUAAACUUCUAAUAUUAAUUAUCAUAAAAUGAUUCCGGUGACCAUACUAAGCAUCUGGGUGUUUAACAUCAUUUAAAGGAAUAUUCUAGUUUACAAAUAAGAUUCUCUAUUUCAUUAAGAGCAUUUUAUUUUAAAUCAAAUUGUCCUCCUUUACUAUGUAUUAAACUUUUUUGAAGGAGUUAAAUUGCAAAAUUCUGCUCCAGGUGAGGAUUUGGCCUAUUACUGUUAUACACAUGUAUGCUGGCUCCAUUUUCUGAUGAAAUAGUGUAUAUUAUUUUUAUUGUAGAAUGUCCUUUAAUGGCCUGAAUUAGCUCGCUCUCUUCAGAGUUAGAGAAUAGGCUCCACUUACAGGUGUUUCAGAUAUUUUGUUUUAAUCAAAUUAUUUAUCUACACAAUUCCAAUCAACUUUAAGGCUUUUGUAGAAAAAAAUGUUUUGAGCAGCAUUUGUUUAUUUAAAGCAUUAGCGCUCAAAUUGUUUUUUGUAUAAGAGCCGAUCACUAAUUACGGUAUUGGCCGGGGUCCACAAUACAUUAUACUUACAUUUAUGUGAUCGAUAAUGCCUCAUAAGAAAAUGAGUUUAUAAUCACAUUAGUUACUAAUAAUUAAUUUAACUCUAUAUACAGGUGCAAAUCCCCAAAAUUCCAAAAUCCAAACUUGUUCUGAAAUCCAAACUUUUUAAUUAAUAUAUAUAAAUAUUUUUUUAAAUAAAAUAAUCAAAAAUUAUUUUUUCCAACCUGUAAGUCACAAUCUUCUCUGCCUGUGUCUUUGAAUUUUUUUUUUGUUUUUUUGUUUCUAAAUGCAAAUAAUGGUCUAUAUUAAUGUAACACAACACAUAUGACCUUUCUGAUUUCAGUACUGUACUAUCUUUGCGAUGGUAAUAUGUAUACAAAAGUAUUACAAAUUAUAUAAAACUACCUUUAGAAACCAUCCAAUUUUAAAUGGGUAAAUAUUCCAAAAAAUUAACUAUUCCGAAAUCCAAACCUUUUCCAGUCCCAAGCCGUUUGGAUAAAGGGUUUUCUACCUGUACUAGUUAAACUGACCUAAUUUAUUACAAAUACUCAUGCUUAGUUACCUAAUAAUAAGAGUGCAACUACUUUUUAAAUAACAAAUUACUAAUGUCUAUUUAAUGCCCAGUGGUGCUCAGGGCUAAACAAUAAAAUUGGAGGGCCAGAUGUGACCCUGGGGCCAUAGUUUAAACGUCUCUGUUUUUAAGGAUUAAAACAUACCACAAAAUCUCCAAUAUUUAAAAUAUGCUCUUUAAAUGAACAGUAGUUCCAUGUUUUUUUGUUUUGUUUUUUAAAAAAAUCAUGACUAAUAAGUGCCAAUAAAUGUGCUGUAGAAUUCCACCA